UUUAAAUAGAUAAAACAAAAAAAAAGGUAAAACUAAAAAGUUACAAACAGUACAGUAAAGAAGAAGCAGUAUCAAAAAUCUCCCCCUUUCCAAGAAUCAGGGUUUUUUCGAUCGAAUUCGCGGCAAGUAGCCUCAUUUUCUUCCGACAACAGUGGUCUUCUUUCCAGAUAUGUCUCUCCGAGUUUCGAAGCAGUAAGCCCUUUUAUUUACUGUCACUCGAAUACUAAAGACCAGAUCUUUACUAGUCCUAGGAUGAUUGAGAGAUUGCAAGAGCUGUGCUAAGCUAAAGGACAAGAAACAAAAAUCUGAGUCAGCAUAAAACAGUCUCUUAGUUUAUGGAGUUAGAGGCGUUUGGUUAAGAUGGGUUCGCUCUGUUGUGUGGCUGCCAAAUCAGAUAAGUCAGAUUCUUCUGCAAGUCGUGACGUUUCUUUUGGCGCUCAUGAGCCUUAUUGGAGGACUAAUACAAGUUUCUCCCCACCUUCAUCGAGAUGGGAUGUCCCUGGCUUAACCGAUGGUAUUAGCUUAUAUGGUUCUUCUUCUUCCACAUCAUCAAACGCUAAUCUUCUUCCUACUCCCAACCUUUCUCAGACUCUUCAUUGGAAUGAUUUUGAGUCUGCUACAAGAAGAGAUCAAGCUCUUAAGCAACUACCGUCUUGUUCUGACAUUGGUGACUCUGAACCUAACCGCAACUUCUCAAACCGGCGAUUUUUCUUGUCUAAACCGGUUCAUCCUAUACAUUCUGGUAAUGCUAGAGGAACAACAUCUGACUCUGCGGAUGCUUGCAGUUGGAGCAGCGGGAGAACAAGCAGCAUUGAUUCUAUGGAUGUUGUUCUUGCUUGGGAUAAUCAUAACUCUACCAAAGCGCAACGAGCAGCUUCAAGUACAUUUGUAUGCGGUUUGUGUAACAGAUACAUCUCGCAGAAACCUCCUUGUGGUUCACGGUCCAUCGUAAGAAACCAAGACAUGCCAGUCACAGGAGUGCUUCCGUGUCAACACGUCUUUCACGCUGAAUGUCUUGACCAAUCAACUCCAAAGGCUCACCGGAAUGAUCCACCUUGUCCAGUAUGCACCAAACAGGAAGGAGAGCAGGACAAGUCACACAACGUUGUGUUUAGGCUUAAACCGUUUUGUGAAGAUGGGCCAUCAUCUACAAGACAGUGGGCCUGUGCUCAAGUUGGUGACUGUGUUGAAAGUGCUGUUAAUGUGCCGCCUAGAAACACCAUGAUAAUGAUAAACAGGAACAGGAUGAGGAAAAGCCUCUCGUUGAGAGGAAGCUCGAGCAAAGAUUCUCCGAGAAAAGUCAAGAGAAGGGGCUCAUUUAUGGAAAAUUUUACUAAUCAAGUUUCGUUUGUGCAUUCUAGAGGGAAAGAGAAGGUUUAAUGGUAGCUGGCAAAAGAAGCAGAGAAAUCAAAAGGUUGAUUCUUUGACCUUUUGACAAGUAUCAUCACAAAAGGAUUGUAAAGUAUUCAUUUUGGAGAACUGUAAGCAAAUUUGUUUAGAGCUUUGAUUGUUUUGUUUCUUGUAAUCAUCUACUUGCUGGCUAGUGGCGACCAUCUUAAUUAACCGGUUUAUUAUCCAAUCGUUAAGUUUCUUUAA